AUAAUUUGACGAGUCAGUUUUGGGCAACAACCUACACCAACACAUAAAUAAAGAAGCAUAAUACUCUCACCUUCUUCCAUGGACUUUGAGCUCUCUCCCUCUCUUCUUAAUUGUUCUCUACGACAAUUCCUUCUGCAUCUGUCUAGCCUUUGCAGGUCCAGAAAGCGCUCUGAUUCAAAGCAUUGAUCAAAUAUAUAGGAAAGCUUGUCUCUGGUGCAUCAUUAAGUUAUGACUUGCUUUUCUUUCUUAUUUCGUGGACAUAAUGAUUCAUCAAAAAACCAUUCUUUUGAGGUUGAUGAAGAGUUUGACGUUCACAAUGUAAAAUUUUACACAUACAAAGAAUUAAGAAAUGCCACUGAAGAUUUUAGCCCAGUCAAUAAGAUUGGUGAAGGAGGUUUUGGUUCUGUCUAUAAGGGGCAGCUCAAAAACGGAAAUCUUGCUGCAAUAAAAGUUCUUUCGGUUGAAUCAAGACAGGGACUGAAAGAAUUCGUAACAGAGAUUAAGGUGAUCUCUGAAAUAGGGCAUGAAAAUUUAGUCAAGCUCUAUGGCUGUUGUGUGGAAGAUAAUCAAAGAAUCUUGGUUUAUAAUUACCUCGAGAAUAACAGCCUUUCCCAAACUCUUCUUGGUAGUGGUCACAGUAAUGUCCAGUUUAAUUGGAAAACACGGACCAAAAUAUGUAUCGGGAUUGCACGCGGGCUUGCUUUUCUUCAUGAGGAACUAAAACCGUACAUUGUUCAUAGAGAUAUCAAAGCAAGCAAUAUUCUUCUCGACAGAGACCUAACACCCAAAAUAUCAGAUUUCGGAUUGGCGAAACUUAUCCCAGCAAACAUGACACAUGUUAGCACUCGUGUGGCUGGAACACUAGGUUAUCUGGCACCGGAGUAUGCAAUAAGGGGGCAGCUGACGCGAAGAGCAGAUAUCUACGGUUUUGGCGUUCUCCUCAUAGAAAUCGUCACCGGGAGAUGUAACACAAAAACGCAGUUACCUGUAGGAGAACAAUAUCUCCUAGAAAGGACAUGGGAACUUUACGAGCGAAAUGAGCUGGUUGCAUUGAUAGACGAUUUGCUGAAUGGUGAUUUCGACGUGGAGGAGGCUUGUAGGUACCUCAAGAUUGGUCUUCUUUGCACCCAAGAUGCUCCUAAACUACGGCCGUCUAUGUCAUCGGUCGUCAAGAUGCUAACCGGCGAGAAAGACGUCAACAAAAGGAAGAUAACAAAACCGGGCUUAAUUUCUGAUUUUAUGGACCUCAAAGUUCGAAGUUCUGAUAAAGUGAAACCGGAACCGAAGAACACAUCUUAUAGUGCCUUCUCUGGCUCAGACAACGACAAUUCAACCAUGUCACCAGGAACCUCAGCUUCUGCAACUGUGACCUUCAAUACCGACCGGGAGUGCUUAAACAUCGAGCGGCCAAAUCUCAAAAUUUAUUCAGUUUUAUUCUAUUUUUGAGUUUUUUUUUCAAGCUUUGCCAUUUUGUAAAUUGUACAACAGUGUGUCCUUUCUUGUAUUUGGUGGAAAUAGCCGAAACCAAGCUUUUGUAAA